UAGGUAGAGACUGAGCUAGCAUCUUUUCUCAAAAAACCAAAACUAAAGAGCCCAUCUUAUGAUUGCGCGAUUCGAGAGAGCCAAGCAUAAAUUCGAAAGAUACCACGACAACCUUCCGACUAAGCUGUUGGUUUAAAGCGUGCGUUCGGUGAACCGCAUCGGUUACCGCAAUCGCCUUCUGCUCGUCAACAACCCCCGGGCCCCGGGCGGAAAAGCGGUCUCCAAUGUAUGCGUCGAACUUCACGAUCAACCCUACGGUCCGCUCGCAUGAUCGUCCCACCGCAAACACACACAACAACGAAACACGGCAACAACGAGUGGCCGAUGUGUAGAUCAUCGUCGGCGGCAGACGCGUACGCCCGCUUGAAGGCCAUCACGUGACGUCACACAACUCUCGAAUACUCGUGCUAGGGUGGUGGCGUAGGGUCGCAGUUUGAGAACUCAGCUCCGAUCGUGCUCUUGAACACAUAGACAGUAGUGGCCGUGCAUGGUGGAUAGCAUAGGACGUGUUAUUAGUUGUUGCUCCGCAUGUCUUAACAGCAGCUUGGAGAAGUCGGCAAAUCCAAAUCCGAUACAGAUACGGCGAUUGAGUACAUCGAUCAAACCAGAGGCGAGAUAUGGGGGUCGAAUGUGAUAUUCGCUUUACAAACAGCACGCACGGAACGUUUCUUAGCGGGCAGCGCCUGACCGGGAGUGUGCUGCUGAAGCUGACCGAAACGAAAAAGUACAAUGAGAUUACACUACGGAUUGUCGGUUGCAGUGCCGUCCAGUGGUCGCAACGACGUGGCCAAGGUAGGCGGCGUCGUACAGUGUACUACACCGGUAAACGGGACCACCUAUCGUCGGUGAAAGUGCUGGUGGCCUCACAGCCAAAUGGUUCACCUGCGGAGCUACAGGCCGGGGAACACAUGUAUGAGUUCGCCUGUGACCUGCCGGCGCAUCUGCCGACCUCCUUCGAAGGUACGUACGGUCAGUGCCGCUACACGGCCCAGGUCAUCAUGGAUCGGCCUUGGAAGUUCAAUCUCACGUACAAGGUAGGAUUUACCGUGAUUCAACCGCUCGAUCUAAACGUGUUCGCCCCGUCAAUCCGCGUACCGGCCCGUAUGGAGGAUGCGCGUGUGUUUUGCUGUGGCUUUUGGCAAACGAAACCACUGUACGUGCAGGUAACCGCACCGUGCACGGGCUACGUACCCGGUCAAGCCAUACCGCUCAAGAUCGAUCUCGACAAUCGGUCCAGCCGCACGAUUGAGGGCGUUAACAUGAAACUGCUACAAGAGAUCGCGUACCGGAGUGACCCGCCACGGGUUAAAUCUAAACAUGAAGUGCACACAGUCGUGAAACACAUAGGGGACGGUGUGGGCCCGGAAACGAAGCGACAGUACGAGCAGCGGCUCGUCGUUCCUACGGUCGCACCGUCGACCUUGACGUUGCAGGAACCAAAUCUCAUAACCGUGUCCUAUCGGCUGCAUAUCACGGUGCGUGUGUCGGGUUGUGGUUCCGAUCCAGUGCUAGAGAUUCCGCUCACCAUCGGCACCAUUCCGUUGGUCUUCUAUCAGCCGCCCACCGCUCCGCCCAGCACACCCGGUGCGUCGACCUCGUCUCCCACGAUCGGAUUCGUCUUUGGUUCCGGCGGUACGGGCCAGCUGCCAAGCGCCCCGAUCGAGAAGCCCGAACUCGUCCGUGAAGGCACACUGCCACCAGACUAUUUGCCUCCGCCAACGUACGAGGAAGCGAUGAAUGCGGCGGCCGUUGUUAUCACCGAUGACACUGAUACGAACGCGCUUGGCACUAGACCUUAUGUGCCUCUCUAUCCGUCCUACAACUUGGCCGAUGUUCAGUGGCCACCAAUGCCUCCUAAACAGUGAUCUUUACUGGUGUAAGCUUGAGCCUCGCCAUAGCUACACCAACUCCUCCUCCAUUUUCUCUCUCUCUAUAUUACAGUGCAUUUAAUGCUGUUACAGUUCUUUCGAUUUAUUCAUUCUUUUUGUCAAAACAGUUGUGAAGGAGUGCGACUGUUCCAAGUGUAUUGUAACUAACUUGAAACAUUACCAAUUAUCAGUGCCUGUGUACGUUACAUUGCUAUUGUCUUUUUUAUGGGAAUAAUGAAGGAUUCAUUUUAUUUUUACUGGAA